AUGUUCGGAUCAGUAUACCCAGCGUUGGAAGAGCUAAAACAACCACUUUCGGAGGAACAGUUGAAUGUUCUCCGCAAUCAACUCAAAUCAGAAGGACUGAAACCAUCCCCACAGACACAAUUCAAUUAUGCAUGGGGUUUGUUGAAAUCGCCAGCGCGGAAACACCAGCAGGAAGCAGUUGUGAUACUUACCACCUUAUACAAACAAGAGAGUUCCAUGAGAAGAGAGGUAUUGUACUACUUGAGCUUGGGAUCAUUCAAAUUGGGCGAUUACACCAACGCCAAACGCUACGUUGAGACCUUGUUGAAGUCGGAACCGGAAAACUCACAGGCGUUGAGCUUAUUAGAUAAUAUUAAUGACAAGAUUGCACAGGAGGGAUUGAUUGGAAUAGGCGUUGCAGGUGGUGUUUUGGCGGUGGGGGUUGGAAUAAUAGGUGCCUUGGUUAGAAGAAGCAGGAAAUAG